AGGAGCAGGAAGUGGCGGUGCUAGGGCUGCUGCACUGCUAGCAGAGCCGCGGUCCGGACAGCAGCGCGUGCCCCAAGCUCUCCGCCUUCCCCCGCCCGCCAGCCCGAGGCAGCCCGAGCCCAGCCCGUGGCCCCAGCAGCAGCCCCGAGAGCACCCCAGUAGCAGCGCCAUGGCCGGCUGGAACGCCUACAUCGAAAACCUCAUGGCGGACGGGGUGUGUCAGGACGCGGCCAUCGUGGGCUAUAAGGACUCGCCCUCCGUCUGGGCCGCCGUCCCCGGGAAGACCUUCGUCAACAUCACGCCAGCUGAGGUUGGUACCCUGGUUGGCAAAGACCGGUCAAGUUUUUUCGUGAAUGGGCUAACGCUUGGGGGCCAGAAAUGUUCUGUGAUCCGGGACUCACUGAUGCAGGAAGGGGAAUUUACCAUGGAUCUUCGUACCAAGAGCACCUCCGGAGCCCCCACCUUCAAUAUCACUGUCACCCUGACUACCAAGACGCUAGUCCUGCUGAUGGGCAAAGAAGGUAUCCACGGUGGUACGAUCAACAAGAAAUGUCAUGAAAUGGCCUGCCACCUGCGGCGUUCCCAGUAUUGACCUCGUCUGUCACUCCCCACUGCUUUUG